AUGUACCAGCAGAAAUGGCAAGACGACAAAAUCUUCGAAGUCGACGCUCCUACAACCACCGAAGUGCCUCUGCACUCAAUCCCCGCCGCCGAGCUACGAGAAAAAGUUCCCAAGUUCUUUGGAUGCAUGGCAUAUCCCUACAUGAACGGUACUCUGCAUGCUGGCCACACGUUUUCGGCCAGUAAAGUCGAGUUUGCCACUGGUGUUGCGAGAAUGCAGGGAAAGCGUGCUCUGUUCCCGAUGGGCUUCCACUGCACCGGCAUGCCUAUCAAGGCUUGCGCUGACAAGCUGAUUAAUGAGAUUGGAAAGUUUGGCGAGGACUUCUCUGGAUACAACGACGAAGAAGAUGAUGCUGCUGGGGAGAAACCAGCCGCGGCAGCCGUUAGCCAGACCAAGGAGGAUGUCACCAAGUUCACUACCAACAAGAGCAAAACCAAGGCCAAAACCGCCAAGAUGAAGUACCAAUUCCAAAUCAUGCAGGCGAUUGGCAUCCCCACAGAGGAGAUUCAUCAGUUUGCUGACCCUCAGCACUGGCUCAAGUUCUUCCCUCCUCUAGCGAUUCAAGACUUGACCAGCUUUGGUUGCAGAAUUGACUGGCGCAGGUCUUUCAUCACGACUGACGCGAACCCCUACUAUGAUGCCUUUGUCCGAUGGCAAAUGAAUCGUUUGAAGGAGCUGAACAAGAUCAAGUUUGGAAAGAGAUAUACCAUCUACUCCAUCAAGGAUGGACAGCCUUGCAUGGAUCACGACCGCGCCGAAGGAGAGGCGGUCGGUCCCCAGGAGUAUACUGCUUUGAAGCUGAAGGUCUUGGAAUGGUCACCCAAGGCUGCUGAGGUUGUGAAGGGCAGGGUCCCUGAAAAUGCUGAAAUUUUCUUGGUUCCGGCUACUUUGAGACCCGAGACCAUGUAUGGCCAGACUUGCUGCUUUGUUGGACCUAAGAUCACCUACGGCUUGUUCAAAGCUGGCGAGAACUCAUAUUAUGUUGUCACUGAAAGAGCUGCUCGUAAUAUGGCGUACCAAGGCAUCUUGGCCCAGGAGGGAGUUGUUGAGAAAGCCGGCGAAAUCCAGGGCACUGACAUGGUCGGCACUUUGGUAAAUGCACCGCUGUCAUGCCACAAGGAGGGUGUUCGUGUCCUGCCUAUGGAGAAUGUUUUGCCCACCAAGGGAACUGGCGUCGUCACCUCUGUGCCCUCGGACAGUCCUGAUGACUUUGCCACCGUAACGGAGCUGGCCAAGAAGGCCGACUACUACGGCAUCAAGAAGGAAUGGGCUGAGUUGGAGAUCUACCCCAUUAUUGAAACCCCCUCAUUUGGUGACUUGUGCGCGCCUUUCUUGAUCAAGAAGUUGAAGAUUGCUUCUCCCAAGGACACCAAGCAAUUGGAAGAGGCCAAGGAGUUGUCUUACAAGGAGGGUUACUACCAGGGCGUUUUGAAAGUUGGUGACUUCAAGGGCGAAAAGGUUGAGACUGCCAAACCCAAGGUUCGCGCCCAGCUGAUUGAUGCCGGCCACGGAUUUGCCUACUCGGAGCCUGAGCGAAAGGUCGUUUCUCGAUCUGGCGAUGACUGUAUUGUUGCUCUGAUGGACCAGUGGUAUUUGGAUUACGGCGAGGAAAAAUGGAGAGAGACUGCCCUGAGAUGGGUUGAGAACGCCGAUGGCAAGGGCUUGAACACUUGGACCGCCGAGACCAGGCACAGUUUCGAAGGUGUCUUAAACUGGCUGAACCAGUGGGCUUGCGCCCGUACCUACGGCUUGGGAUCCAAGUUGCCCUGGGAUCCCCAAUUCCUGGUUGAGAGUUUAAGUGAUUCCACCAUCUACAUGGCCUACUACACCGUGUGCCACUGGUUGCACAAGGACUUGUAUGGGCGAGAGAAGGGUGUAGGAAAUAUCACUCCUGAACAACUGACAGAUGAUGUCUGGGACUAUCUGUUCUGUCGUCGCGACUUGAGCGAAGACAUUCUGAGCUCAUCUAAGAUUCCUAAGGCCACACUGGAGAGCAUGCGCCGUGAAUUUGAAUACUUCUACCCGCUGGAUGUGCGAAGCUCCGGCAAAGACUUGAUCCCCAACCACUUGACCUUCUUCUUGUACAUUCACCUGGCCAUAUUCCCGCCUGAAUACUGGCCACGAGGUAUCCGAGCCAAUGGUCACCUAAUGCUCAACGGAGAGAAAAUGGCCAAGAGUACCGGCAACUUCAUGACCCUGCGCGACUUGGUCGAAAAGUACGGCGCCGAUGCCUCGCGUAUUGCCAUUGCUGACGCUGGUGACGGUGUAUCCGAUGCCAACUUCGAAGAAGAUGUUGCCGACAACAACAUUCUGCGCCUAUUCAACUUGCGUGAGUGGUGUGAAGAAAUGGUUCGAGACGAAGCUGAUCUGCGCACCGGCGAGACCAACACCUUCCAGGACGCCCUCUUCCACAACGAAAUGAACGGCGCCGCCCGCGAGGCUAUUGAUCAAUACGCCCAGACCAACUACAAGCUGGCCCUCAAGGCUGCUCUCUACGAAUUGACCGGCGCCCGUGACUUCUACCGCGAGGCUUGCGCCGCCGCCGGCAUCAAGAUGCACAAGGAACUGGUGUUCAAGUACAUCGAGCUGCAGGCCCUCCUGAUGGCCGUCAUCGCCCCCCACUGGUCCGAAUACAUUUGGUUGGAGGUGCUGAAGAAGCCCAGCACCAUCCACGACGCUACCUUCCCCAGCGUGCCUCCCGUCGACGCCGCCUUGUCCGCCAAGCGAGACUACGUGCGUAACACGGCAUCCAACAUCAACUCGGCCGAGGGCCUGCAGCUGAAGAAGAAGGCCAAGGGCAAGGAGACCUCUUUCGACCCCAAACGCCCCAAGAAGCUGACCAUUUACAUCUCCGAUAAGUUCCCGGCCUGGCAGGCCAAGUACAUCGACCUGCUGAAGGAAAUGUGGGAUCCAGCCACAAAGUCCGUCAACGACAAGGAGCUGAACGGAAGGAUCGCCAAGAUGGGCGAGAUGAAGAAGGCAAUGCCCUUUGCUCAGACCCUGAAGAAGCGCCUGCAGUCAGGCGAAUCCCCCAGCGUGGUCCUGGAGCAAAAGCUUGCGUUUGAUGAAAAGGAGACGCUGGCGCAGAUGCUGCCCGGCUUGAAGAAAGCUGCCGGCCUGGUAGAGUGUGACGUGUUGGUCGUGGAGGAGGGCGGUAAGAAGGGCGUGAACCUGGUGGACGGCAAGGAGGUUGACAUCACGGUGCCGACCGCGGAGAAUGCUGUGCCUGGGGUGCCGACGUUCUUUUUUGAGAAUGUCGAUGCGUAG